AUGGAUAACGUGGGAACCUACCCCGCUGAGCACCCUCCUCCCCCCUGCGAGAACCCCGCCGCUGAAAAAAUAAUCGAAGAUUACCGGAAAGCGCAACGGCUGAUCCCACUGAGCGAAAACGAACUGCAGAAAACAAGAAACGUCCUAAUCAAGGUUUCAACUGACGAGGAGAUACAACGCCACUUUAUGCGUUCGUGUAACAUCCCCAGUUUUUUUUUGAAGGACAGUCAUGUGCGAAACGAUUUUUUGCAGCACCUAUGGGGAGACACCGCUGGUGCGUUCGAGCUGAGGGAGUUUCUGCAAAAUGGAGAGGAAGACUCAGACCCGAAAGACGGGAAAACCAAAAGAGAGACAAUGAAGUACGUUAAACUGCUAGCCAUUUUUCAGCGGUUCAUAAAAAAACAUUACUACAAGCAGUGGAUUUUUUACGAACAUGUCAGGCGAAUGUGCGACUUUAGCGAGUUGACCGAACUGGUAAAGAAAAAAAAAAAAAAAAAAGGGAGGAAGCUGCACUUGUACGUUGGACCAACAAACAGCGGAAAGACCUACGAAGCUUUCCAAAGUUUGUGCAAGUCAAGUAAUGGGUUGUAUUGUGCACCUUUAAGAAUCCUAGCAUGGGAAAUCCACAAAAAAUUCAUUAAACUGAAUAAAGUGACCAGCUUAUUAACAGGGCAAGAAGUGAUUAAAAAAAAAAAUGCAACACACACAGUUUGCACCGUCGAAAUGACUCCACUGGAUAGGCAAUACGACUGUGUUGUGAUUGACGAAAUUCAGAUGAUUAACCAUGAUACGAGAGGAUGUGCCUGGACAAAUGUUCUUCUAAACUUGGACUGUGAAGAGAUAUACCUCUGUGGAAGUAACAACGUAAUAAGUUUGGUGAAGAAAUUAGCAGACCUGUUAGAAGACGAGUUAAUUAUAAAGCGAUUCAAACGGUUAACAAAAUUGCAUGUACAGGAAAAUACAGUGGAAUGGGAAAAACUCACGACGGGAGACUGCGUAAUUACUUUCUCCAGAAAUAGCAUCAUGAGGUUAAAGAAUCGGCUGGAGCGGUUGAAUAAACGUGUUUUUGUAAUUUAUGGGAGUCUACCCCCGGAACUGAAGCGCAGGCAAGUGGAGUUCUUCAACCGAUACUGCGCAGGGGAGGGAAGCAUAGGAGAAGUAAACCAAACUGCUAAAGGAGAAGUACCCCUCAGCAGUGACAACAAAAAGGAAACCAUUUUAAUCGCUACGGAUGUCAUAGGCAUGGGGGUGAACAUUAACAUAAGAAGAAUUAUAUUUUAUUCUUUGCAAAAAUUUGAUGGAGAUAGGUUAAGACAUUUAUACGGUUCCGAGGUGCUACAGAUAGCGGGGAGGGCUGGAAGAUUUCAUCAUGCUAUUAGACAGCCCAUAAUUGGUUACGUCACUUGUGUUCAUGCGCAUGAUUUAAGCACUAUUAAAAGGAUUUUUAGGAGCGAAAAUGAUGGUGUGCUGGAUGGAAAAAAGUUGGAGAAUAAUGAUUCGGAGAAUGACCAUCCGGAGAAUGACCAUCCGGAGAAUUCCUCUUUUACGCAAAAUUGUGGUCAGCACGUUGAGUCCUCAAACCAUUUAAGAAGAAAUGAUGAGGGGAGAUAUUCAGGUGGGCAGGGUAGUGGCGCUCAGUUGGAUGGGCCACAGCAGAAUGCCCAUUUUGUGGAUUCCCUUUUUCAGCAAAGAGAAGGAAAAGACAACACCUGUACAAAGGCAGGGUUCUUUCCUGACUUUAACAUGAUAAAUAAAUUGAAAAAUAUGCUACAAUAUGAACACAAAGCAAAAGUAGAGCUGCAUGAAAUUAUGAGCAUACUGGUGGAUUACGCAAAGCUUAAUGAGGAGUAUUUUUUCCUGACGAAGAAUUACAACCAAAUGAUAAUCAUUGCUAAAUUUUUAAAAGACAUAAAGCUGGACAGCGAAACUCUCUUUGUGUAUACCCUUUCCCCCAUAAAUGUCAAUGAUGUUAAUAUGUUGACUACGCUGAGAACCUUUGCUUUGUGUCAUGAGCUGCUAAAUUCUGUGGAUUUUUUUGAGUGCAUAAAUCGAGAUAUUGUGUCUACUACUGCAGUGGGGGGGGUUGAGGAGUUAAGAGAGGGGCAUGGCUACUCGGGUGCGCUCACGGAUGGCUUACCUUUCCAAGGGGGGACCCUCGCCCCGGAUAGCGACACCGCGGAGAGCAGCAUCGCGAGCAACGGCAGCGCCUGGUCAUAUCGUAAACAGGGUGAGGAAGAAUUAUCAAACUGCCGCUUCGAUGGGCACAGUUACACCAACUUGGUGAAGCAGCAGAGUGCAAUUCGCCUUGACUUCCCGUUGGGGCCAACUCCACUCAGCGCCUCCCCGGGACAUUCCAACAAUCCGCACGUGGGGCUAGAGGAAUGUCUCAGCGUCCUGGAGCUUUACUAUGAAAUAAUUGACCUGUACUGCUGGUUACACACAAAGUUCCCUAGGAUUUAUGCAAACAUAGAUUCAGUAAACGACGAAAAAAAAAAAGUCUCCAACUCAAUUAUACACGUGUUGGCACAGUCGUGCCAGGGGAACGUGGGCGUUGGUGGGGGAAUCGCUGCAGGAGAAAUAGUAAAUAGGGUACCGCUCCAAAAGGAGCCGUAG